AUGCUUUGCAUGAUUCGUGUAGUCAUGACUGCGUUCGGAGCUGAGCUGGCUGCGUGGAUGAAAGAGUCUUGCAUCCGGAACCGGCUUGUGAAGGCACGUUCGCUGGUUUCGACCCGCCUGAAGUUCCUGGCCUCAACAAAACAGCACAUGCUGACUGGAAAACUCUUCGCCUGGCCAGUCGCGUGGAUAGAGGGCAGCGAGUCAAAACUGUUCUGCUUCAUUCCGUGUGGCCUUGUGAACAUCCAGUGGAGCAUGCGUGGACUGGCGGUCCAUGCUCGUUGGGCCAAGGACAUGGUUGCAAUGGAAGACAGCAUCAAACUGAUGCUGUCAAACAGGUUGCAAGACGCCGAGGACUGCCUAGACUCGGCUGCUGAAGACGUAUCGCAGCGUGAUUUUCUAUUCGAUGCGGGAGAUCAUGACAUGCGAGGUUGCUUCACCUUUGUAAGUGCCUUGAUGAGCUUGCUCAACGGCCUCGCAUCGCUCGAGAACAACCAGCUUGACAUUGUCCUCCAACGCGUGCGCAACGCGGACGAGGAACUCACCAAAGAUGAAGAUUGGCCAGGGAAGACAGUGCUGCGAGGCCUUUGCAAUCUUGUGGCCGGCGUCGUCGAGAUUAUGCAAGGUAUGCCUUCUCGGGGUGUGUGGCACGUGCUUCGAUCCUGGCUUUGGCUGCGGAAUUUGGAGGUGGAGGCACUGAAUUACGAGGGCCACGAGCGCUGCUGCGUUCGGUCCACUGCACUUCUGGCCCUCGGAGUGUUCAACCUGCACCUCGACUGA